UGAUUACUGGUAGCCAGCGGAGAAACAGAUUAUACGGCUCCACACAACUGUUGUUUUAAUCCCCUGAGCGAGGAGAUUUAGCAAGAAAAAACACUGGCUUCAAACCCAGCAGCCAUAUUGUAUGGAAAAGCGACGGAAAGACUCCUGUUUUCAGAAAAAAGUCGUUUUCUCAGGCACAUCUGUCAAGACUUUUGGGGAGUUUAAUUUUCUGCCUCACUGGCGGUGGGUCUCUGUUGCACAGCUAGCUUGGCAGCUGGCUGAGAAAUUGAGAGAUUGGGACUAGUUUUUUAUUUUAUUUUAAAACCCUUUUUGCACAAUAUUGUGUUUAUUUCUUUAUUGUAAUACUGUGAAGCUAACCGCCUAAAAAUGAAGGACCGAUUGGAGCAGCUUAAAGCGGUGUGUGAUCAAGAUGAUGAUGAUGUGGAGAUUGCUGUGGACAAUGCAGGCUUUAUGGAUGAGUUCUUUUCUGAGAUCGAGGUAAUCCGAAACAACAUUGAUAAAAUCGAUGAGAACGUGACAGAAGUGAAAAAGCUUUACUCUGUCAUCUUGUCUGCUCCCACAUCAGAUCAGAAAACACAGGAGGACUUGGAGGCGAUCACCAAUGACAUAAAGAAGUUGGCCAACGGUGCGAGGAACAAACUCAAGACCAUUGAGAGGAAUCUGGAGUCAGAAGAGCAGGAGAGGGUGUCGGCUGACACGCGGAUACGUAAAUCACAGCAUGCAGUGCUGUCUAGGAAGUUUGUGGAGGUGAUGACAAAGUAUAAUGAAGCUCAGGUGGAUUUCCGGGAGAGGAGUAAAGGACGUAUUCAGAGACAGCUCGAGAUCACUGGAAAAGCAACUACGGAUGAAGAACUAGAGGAGAUGUUGGAGGGUGGUAAUGCUGCUGUGUUCACUGCAGGGAUUGUAGACUCGGGGAUCUCCAAACAAGCCCUGAAUGAGAUUGAAGCCAGACACAAAGACAUCGUCCGUCUGGAGAGUAGUAUUAAGGAGCUGCACGAUAUGUUUGUAGACAUUGCCAUGCUGGUUGAGAGCCAGGGUGACAUGGUAGAAAACAUAGAGCAGAAUAUAUCCAAGUCAGUGGACCACAUAGUAGCAGCAAAGGAGCAGACCAAAAAAGCUGUAAGGUAUCAGACCAAAGCACGCAAGAAACUGGUGAUAAUAAUUGUGAUUGUGGUGAUCUUGGUGAUCAUAGUGGCUCUGGCAAUUGGGUUGUCAGUGGGAUUAAACAAACGAUGAUGAGUUAUUUGAAUAAGAGAAGCGCUAAGGAAGAUCAUCAUUAUUGCUGUGGUCUGUGCCGUGGUUCUUCUCAUUAUCCUCAUCAUCAUCCUCACCCAGACACUAUAGGGCUGAUCGCUGCCGUCAUCUCAUCAUCUGUGUAUUCAACAUCCUCACCAUUAUUCAUCAGCCUGCCUGCAGAAGGAAAAACCGAUCCUGAUCACUCCAUAUGGGUAUAAGAAUAUUUAACCUGCAGAUAUUUUCAAUCGAAUAAAACACACUGAGGGUCUCCCUGACUUUUGGACAAUUGAGGAUGUUCUCCUGCGAAUGAGGAAACGAGACCAAAGAUGACAUAUGAGGUACAUUGUCUAUUGUACCUCUGUGAAGGCGAAAAGGGAAUUGGGAAACAAAACAUCACUUCAGUGUCACUAAACAUUUCACUGUUCAACAUUUGCUGCCAAAGAAUCAGCUGGGAAGCGUUUGUCAUCUGAAAGCUUUCAGAAGCACAUAAACCCCCUGAUUUCUUUGAGCCUUGAUUUGAUUUUAUGAUUGAAAAUCUCCCCAGUGAACUUUCAGUGCUGUGGGAUUUCUUUUUGUUGUUGCUGUUGUUAGGGUUUGGGGAGUUCCAGCACUUUAACAUUUCCAAAUGCGUAGCUCAGAUAUCUGUAAUUAUCACUGGUUGUUAAAAAAAACAAAAAAAACAAACAAAUAUGAAGGACUGCACUUAUGGGAACACAUUUCAUGAACUUACAGGCGCGUGUGAUGAACGCUCAUUACUUGCUUACUUGUAGCAGCUGAAAUUUGAUCCUUUUCACAACCCAAACCUAAGCUUUUACAUGUAUAGACACAGUUACUCCUCCUGUUAAAGUGCUGUAGAAAUCUUUCAAUGCCAAAGGGGUUUUAGAGAGUCUGGUAGUAACACUAGUGGUUUGUUUCCCGUAAGUGCCAGAAUAGUCUUUUUGUAUUUAUUCUGCUGUUCUAAGACAUGUUGCUUAUGACGUCACAUACAAAUGGGCACUCUGUAAAGUAUCCUUGGCUAGUCUUGUCUUACUACUGGGAAAUGCCUUAACAGGCAUAUUUUAGGUUUUACUACUGAGUUGCCAGUUUUAGACACAGUCCUGCAGUACAUCUGAUGUUUGCGAAGGUCAUAAUGUUCAGUUUUUGUUUACACAGCCUUAGGAUGUAAUGGUUUGACGUUUUUAACAGAGGCUGUAUGUGUGCUGCUCUUUACUUCAUAGGUGUGUCUAAUAUUUAGACUGCCCUCAUUUGUGAAUGUGGGGGGUGGGGACAAUAUUACAAACACCUCUUACUGUAACCAGUUCAUCCGCACCACAAAGUACGUCCUCCAAAAAGCCCAUUGAGUCUUAAUGAACAAUUUCAACUAAAAUGAACAUUAUACCUCCUUUUUUUUAUUUAAAGAAGUCAUUUUAAUGUACAUAGAAAACUUGUAUUUUCAAAAAAAGCACGAUGCACAAGACGACAGGAUUUUUGCAGGGCUGUGUAUUAGAUCACAUUAGCUUUAGCAACAUGUACCUCCCUGUUGGAUUCAGUAAUGGUUGUCCAUCAUCAUUUCAUUCAUUUCAUUUCAGACAAUCUUUGGAACUGACAGUUUACCAAACCAAAGUGCACAGGUUGUCAUCCAGUGGCUUUAACAGGGUAAUUAAAGCACGUGAUUCCAGCCGUACAUAAAAUCAGUACCAACCAGUCAUGAGGAGAAGCCCUGACAUAAGGGAGUAGGCCGAUUUCAGUAAAACAAUGUUGUAAUUUAAGCAUGAAUUAAAUUGUAAACUGUGGUUUGUAUGAAGCACUUGAAAAUGAGAAUCCCGCAGCAUCAUCAUCAUCAUUUAGGGGCACAAUCCAUUUUAUUUGAGUCGUUGGCGCAGACUGGAACAUAAGAGAAAAUUGAAGCUUUUUUUUACCUGUGUAAAUGUCGAUGAUUUUAUCAGAAAUUAAAGAUUUUGUGUGUUAAAUUA